CCUCCCAAAGUAAGAUGAUUAACGAAGACAAGCCAUGAACAACAAAAGUUGGAGAGGGGAAAUCUGAAAAGGUGUCACGCCCUCAGCUUCCUGUGAUCUACCACUAGCAGCAGUAGCAGUAGACGUAUUUCGCUCCCCCGUUUCCACCCCACCUCACCUCACCUCACCUCUUGGCAAUGGCUGCUGCUGCUGGCCCCGUCCACCACGACGCGCCACGCACCCCAAAAUCAUAAAUAAAAGGCACGAGGCCACACACCCGGCAGGCCGCCUUAAACACACCACCCUCUCGUGGGUUGCGGCUGCAACUCCUCAUGGCCGCCCUCCCGCCGCCGGUCGCCGGCGACCCGUUCGCCGCCACCAUUCCGCCUUCAUUGCCAUCGCCGUCGCCGUCGUCGUUCAACCUCUCCCCCUCGCUGCUCAUCAUCGCGGCGCUGCUGGCGUUCGUUUUCUUCGCCUCCGUCUCGAUCCACUUCCUGCUUCGCUGCAUCGCCCGCCCGUCGUCGUCGCAUCCGGCCCCUAGCCCGCUCCCCAGGGCACGCGGCGCGUCCGAGGCAGUGGCGGAGGCGGAGGCGGGGGCGCAGUUGGCGAGGAGGAGCGCCGCCGCAGCGGGGAGGGAGCAGGUGGAGGCGGAGGUGGACGACGAAAAGGAGCGUCUGAUCGCGUCGCUGCCGCUGUUCACGAUGGCGUCGGCGCUGGCGGCCCUGCCCAAGAGCUCCCCCGACUGCGCCGUCUGCCUCUCUCCGUUCUCGCCCGACGCCGAGCUGCGGCUGCUCCCGGCGUGUCAUCACGCGUUCCACGCCGCCUGCGUCGACGCCUGGCUCCGCACCACCCUGUCCUGCCCGCUCUGCCGCGCCGACGUCUCGCUCCCGCACCCGCCCCUCCCGCCCACCGCCGCCGCGGGGCAGGAGCCGCUCGACUCGCGGAUGAGCAGCAACAACAACUCCAGGAGCUUCCGCGUCGAGAUCGGCAGCGUCAGCAACCGCCGCUCGUCCGCCGCGGGCGACGACUGCCGCACCUACUCUCUCGGCUCCUUCGACUACCGCGUCAACGAGGAGGUCGAGGCCGUCGUGGCCCGCAUCGCGCGCCCCGCCGCGGCAGCGGUGAAGUCCGCGACCCCAGCCGCGGCCGCGCCGUCAACCCCCGGCGAAACGCUCGCCGAGGCGGCGGGAUCGCGCGGGUGGCUGCGCGAGUACGUCGACCGCCUCGCCUCGUCGGCGUCGUCCCUCUCCGGGCGGUGGAGCGGGCGGUGGAGCCAGGGCCACCACAGCCACCGCCACGACGACGCGCGGUGGAGCCAGGGCCACCACAGCCUCCGGCACGACGACUCAUGGCGCUGGGACCCCGAGGCGGCGGGCGCCAUGUCCCGCGCGCCGGACGAGGAGGAGCCGGGCUUCGUGUCCCUGUACCGUUGGAUCGUCGGCGUAUAGUUGUAAUUACGUGACCUCACGAGGGAUUUUUUUCAUCAACUCCUUCCAUAUGAGUAUUUUAGGACUCCGUUGUAAAAACAAGAAUCCAGGUGAGCUUAGCGUCUCCGAAGCUUCCAUUGAUCGAUUUGUUCGUUUUCUGGAGCUGCA